AUGGCCAAGCUGAAGACCAGGGAUCUCCGUGGGAAAAAGAGAGAGGAUCUCAACAAGCAACUCGAGGAGCAAAAGACCGAGCUCGCUUCACUCAGGGUAUCCAAAGUCACCGGAGGAGCCGCAUCCAAGUUGUCGAAGAUCCGCACAGUCAGAAAGAACAUCGCUCGCGUUCUGACCGUCUACAAUCAAACACAAAAGUCUGAGCUCAGGAAACUUUACCAAGGCAAGAAGUACAAGCCGCUCGAUUUGCGCUACCGAAAGACUCAUAUGGCCAAGCUGAAGACCAAGGAUCUCCGUGGGAAAAAGAGAGAGGAUCUCAACAAGCAACUCGAGGAGCAAAAGACCGAGCUCGCUUCACUCAGGGUAUCCAAAGUCACCGGAGGAGCUGCAUCCAAGUUGUCGAAGAUCCGCACAGUCAGAAAGAACAUCGCUCGCGUUCUGACCGUCUACAAUCAAACACAAAAGUCUGAGCUCAGGAAACUUUACCAAGGCAAGAAGUACAAGCCACUCGAUUUGCGCUACCGAAAGACUCGUGCCCAGAGAAGAGCCCUGACGAAACACGAAUUGUCAUUGAAGACCGACAAACAAAAAGCGAGACAACAGGCAUUCCCCACCCGGAAAUAUGCCGUGAAGGCU